CUGCGGAUCCACAGGCUCGGGUUCGGUUCGGUUCUCUGGGGAUUAACCGGUUCGGUUCGGUUCUCUGGGGAUUAACAGGCUCGGGUUCGGUUCUCUGGGGAUUAACAGGCUCGGGUUCGGUUCUCUGGGGAUUAACAGGCUCGGGUUCGGUUCUCUGGGGAUUAACAGGCUCGGGUUCGGUUCUCUGGGGAUUAACAGGCUCGGGUUCGGUUCUCUGGGGAUUAACAGGGUGCCGGAGGGGAAACAGCAGCGGAGGGGCUGAGCUCGCAGCCCAGAGAGAGAGAGCAGCGGCUCCCCCGCACGCGCUCAUCCCGGGUUUGUGUUUCCGGUUCCUCUAUGGGUUGCGGCGGAAGCCGGAGCGAUGCCAUUGAGCCCAGACACCAUGAGAGCUGGACCAGAGAGACCGAGUCGACAUGGCUCACCAGCACAGACGCCGAGUGUCCGAACAACAGCACCAGUAAAGGUGUGGAAUCACGAUCCUCUCUUUCUUCAAAAGACAAAAGAAUGGUUAAUACAGGCAUACAGUGUGGAAAACCACCGUUAACCUCUAGUACAUGUACAAAUCAACAGAGAAGCCAACAAAUGAAACUGGAGAGCGUCCAAGAAAGUGACUGUUCCCUCAAAUGAUUUUACGUGAAGCAGCGACACAACCUCAAACCCAGCAAAGCCAAAUGGUGGGAGUUCAUUCAUGCAUGAAAAGGAGAGUAAGAACGGCUUUUGGUCUGGUGAUAUGACUGUAAUUAGGGACUUAAGAAUGUUUCAGCAGCCAAGGGAAAGGACACUAAUUAACAUCCCCCAGUAUCCACUCUGACAGGAGUUACUGUGUUAUACCUUAAUGGUACCAUCAUAAGGUUAAGCAUCAAGGAAUGAAACAAUAGUACGGCCCGUAAAAAGCAGAUUCCAACAGGGCUCAAGUUCAAUAUUUCGCAAAAAAUGUAGUCGUUUAAUGAAUUAAUUCACAUUUUGGGCCAACCACUUUGCACAUACUGUCUAAGGACUGAAUGCACUGUGAGUUUGUCAGUGAAGGGCUUUUGAAAUUUGCGCUGUUUUGUGUUUUUUUAAUUAAUUUAAUUUUUUUUUGUGUGUGAAAGAAAUUAGGCAGUUAAUUAUGUUCCAGCAGACUAAAUCACCAUGACAGUUUUGAAGGUUAUUAUUGUAAUGCUUAUUUAUCCACAAGUAUGAGUGGAAUGGUAUUGAACAUGGUAUGAUAAUGUUCCAACACAUUUCAGCAUUAUCUGGUAUCUGGAGACUACAUUUAAUGAUUUACAAAACAACAGCAUGUGGAAAUGACUUUUUUUUUUUGUGAAUUCACAGAAUAGCUACAGCAAAAUGAAUCCUAUAAGUACAUCCCAAAUUCCAAAAACGUUGGGAGGCUGGGUAAAACAUAAAUAAAAACAGAAAGCAAGUCCUUUUCGAUAUAUAUACA